AUGGCCGCAGCCCCAGCCGGGCCGCCGUUCCUCGCCCGCGUGACGGCCGGCGGGCGGCAUGGAGGGCGAGGAGAGCCCUGGGGCGGGGGCCGGGGGCGGCGUGGGUCUGCUGGAGGGCGCAAGGAGGGCGGCGGGCGCGCGUCGCGGCUGAAGGAGCGGUGGCUGCUGACGCGGAAGACUUGGCGGUACAUGAGUGACGCCGGCAAGAAGCUGUUCCCGGAGGGCGUCAACCCGCAGCGCGCCGAGGACCUGCCGCGCGUCGCCGAACACUUCCAGCGCGUCAACAGCCGCCAGCAGGACUUCCUGGUGUGGCCUCACCCGCCAGACACGCCCCGCGCCGCUCGCCGCGCCCGCCGCCGCCAGGCACAGCCACAGGCGCCCUCAGACUCCAGCGAUGACUAUGUCGACAGCGACCCCGAGGGCGCCGUGCUGGGCCCCGCCGUUCCUCGCCCCAUGGACUCCGGAGCCGGCGGAGUGGACGUGGGGGUGGACGCGGGUGCGGGUGCAGGGUCAUGCGGGGUGACCCUCCCUGGCGCCUACCCGUGUUCGGGCAGCCCCGGCGCCAGCCCCGGGGCGGGAUGGGUGGGGCGGGAGCGGCUGGUGUCGCUGGGGGAGGUGCGGUGGGAGGUGCCGCCGGAGGUGUACCAACAGCUAGUGCGUCUGGCGGGGUCGUGCACGCUUCAGCACGUGGCCUCGCGCCUGCAGGAGGAGCAGCUCACCGAGGAGGAUGAGGAGGACGAGGAGGAGGAGGAGGAAGAGGAGGAGGAGGAUGAUGCGCCCGAGGACCUGCUGAGCGUGGUACUGCCCGGCCACCGCAGCGUGGGCGUGCAGACCGAGCCGCGCCUCGACAUGUGCGUGCAGACUGACGACGACGCCGCCGCAGAGGAUAGGGUCAAGGUGGGCGCCGAGCCGCGCUCCGUCACCGAGGCAGCCGCUGCCGCCGCCCAGGCCCUGGAGCGCGGCCACGCCCUCUCCACGCCUGGCUCCGGGGUACGAGAUGGCUCCCCACCACCCGCACACCUGCAGCAGGGCCACCACCCGAACCAGCACCCGCCCGAUGCCACCGAGGCACCGCCCAGCGCGCCUCCCGAGGGCGGCACCAGCACAGCCAUGCUCAAGAAACUGUGGCAGCGCCGCGAGAGUGCCGCCAGCGCCUCGCUCAAGGCCGAGGAGGCGGCGAAGGACGCGAGGCGCGAGGGCACCUCGGGGCGAGGCAGCCAGGUGGCAGCCAAGCUGGCGUGGGCGGAGCGGGCGGCGGCGGCGGGGGGAGGGGCGCCGCCGUCGCCCAUGGCUAAGCCUGACAAGCCCGAGAAGAAAGGUCUGAAGAACGUGUUCAAGCUGGGCCUAAAGUGUGACGUGGAGGGCGGCGGUGGCGGCGGACGCAAGGCGGCGGACAAGACCAAGGUGGACAAGUUCAAGACUGUGAACUACGACAAGACGCUGCGCAACAUCAAGUCACGCUGGAAGCCCUCGCCGGAGGACGAGGCACUACUGCAGCAGUACCGCCAACACCUCGGCGCCCGCGACCCGCGCAAGAUCAAGCGUAAGAGUCGCGGUGUGCAGGUGGGCGACCCGCUGCCGCAGUUCAUCCUGGCCGGCUUCCGCAUCAACGCCCCUGUAGAGGUCGUCCACCAGCGGCGCAGCGGCGGGAGCGGCAGCAGGUGGCGGCGGCGGCGGCGGCUGUCCAAGGCUGACUCCUCAGACCUGUCCAGCAGUGAGUGCUCCGCCAGCGUGGCGCCCUCGCUGCCCACCUCGCCCCGGUACUCCGUCACCGUCACGGACGAGGCGGGCGCGGCGCGGGACCUGCUGCUGGGCGAGGCAGAGCUGCUGCGCCUUGCUGCGCUGGGCGUGCUGCCCCUCCCCACGCCCGCACUCAAGCGCCCCAGCUCAGACGCCUCUGUUGACACCAGCGAGUUUGAUCCCGAGGCACCGGGCGGGGCUGGGACGGGGGGUGGGGCCUUCCAGCGGUCGCUGUCGGCGUUGCAGGCCACGGGGCACCUGCACCAGCUGCUGGCCGCUAUCAGGAGCCGUGGCGCCUCCCCGCAGGUGUCAGGGGGGCAAGGGUCAGGGGGCGGGACGGGGGGCACGCCGCGGGGCAGCCUCAGCCUGCUACAGAGUCUCCUUCCGGCAGUGAUGCAGCGGUCCAGGGCGGCGGGCGGCGCCCACUCCACCAGGCUCGUGGCCAAGAAGAUGUGGCGCGCCAGGUCCAAGAGCCAGUCCAGGGCCUCCCCCGCCAGCACCUGUGUCUGGACCCCCGUGGGCGGCAAUACGUGGAGCUCAGUGACAGGGCGCGUGGUGACGGUGGAGCGGUGUUGCCUCCUCCACCUGACGGAGCUGGAACGCCUCACACUACAGCAGGUGGCGCUGACGAAGGUGCAAUGUCUCAAUCUCGGAUGUAGCGUACGCGUUCCUACUGAGCACACUGGGUCAGCUGGGAGGAAAAAGAGAAGACCAUAUUUAUUGAAGAGAAAAGCCUUGACCACUGGAAUAUUUGACAACAAGAAGGAAGAAAGCAAAGACGGAGUGGAGGGAGGGCAAGUCUUCGGCCUCUCUCUCAACAAGUGUCUGGAGAAUGAGAGGGUAAGAAGCAGAGAGGCGGCAGAAAAAGCAGCUCUUGCAGCCGCCGCCGCCGCCGCCGCCGCCGCCGCAGGGGAGGACACACACCCCCUUAGCAGAAAGUCUUCUCAAGGGGGCUCACACGCAUCCUUCUCCUCGCUCAAUGAAGGGACUAAGCAGUCCUCCAUGGGUUCACUGGAAAGCCUAAAUCUGGACAGGAAGCGGCCUAGUUUAGCAGGGAGUACCGCUGGAGGAGUGGGGGGCGAAGGGAUAGGCCUAGCUCCCCUCUCCCCCUCUCCCCUCACAGCUGACCUCCUUGUGGUAGAGCCCAGCCCUCAAAUACCUGGUCUAGUCAGCACUUGUCUCCGCUACCUACAGAAUAAUGGCCUUCACACCUUAGGCCUUUUCAGAGUGUCAUCCUCCAAGAAGCGUGUCAGACAGCUACGGGAAGAGUUUGACAGGGGCGGAGAGGUGUGGCUGUCAGACCAACACUGCCCUCACGACGUGGCCACGCUACUGAAGGAGUUCUUUAGAGACUUACCAGAACCUCUCCUCACUAGGGAACUUUAUGAACCGUUUAUUAAGACACAGAGAAUAAGAAAUAGAAGACUGCAGUUUGAGGCGCUACAAUAUUUGGUUCAAUUAAUGCCAGUAGCGAAUCGCGACACAUUAUAUUCUCUUCUAAUCUUUCUGGCAACUGUGGCGGAGCAUUCAACGGAUCGCGUCUCGGAAACAGGCGAAAUGCUGCAAGGCAACAAGAUGGACAGCAGUAACUUGGCGACUCUCUUCGCUCCCAAUAUACUCCACUCUGUCAAGGCGAGUGGUGGUGGCGGUGGCGGUGGUGGUGGCGGCGAUCAGACCACAAUAGAGAUGGCACAACAAGCUGAGGAGAUCAUUAGUGUUGUAAGGGCCAUGAUCGACCACAACAAGGAGCUGUUUGAGGUGUCCUCGGAAUUACUGGAUGAGACUUACCAACACUUAAUGGACAGCAACCCAGAAGCUUUGGACAUCCUACUGAGGCGCCGCUGUGCUGGGGGAGAUAACCUGGACCUGGAGGUGGAGACGAGUAGCAGUCUUUGUGAAGGAAGCGAGUGUUCCUCCUCCCUGCCACGCUCACCAACCGAUCCACACCUGCACCACGAGUUUGACAGAAGGCGGCUGGAGGAGGAGGAUGAGGGCCGCGGGCGUCGAGCGGGCGGCGAAGAGCGGGCGUGGUUCAGGCGGCGAGACAAGUCCUCUUCUAGGGAGCGAGACGACAAGCACCACCAUCACCACCACCACCACCAUCACCACCACCAUCAGCAGCAGCAGCAGCAGCAGCAGCAGGAGAAGAGCAGCAGCAGCAGCAGCAGGUGGUUCAGGCGGCGCGACAAGAGUUGUGACGAGGCGGCGCGGCGGCGCGGGGCAGCAGCAGCGGCAGCGACGGCGGCGGCAGCUUCUGAGGCUGAGGCGCAGCUGAGGGUGCCGGCAGACGCCGCGCCGCGCCGCCUGUCCUCGCCAGAGAUCGACCGCGCUGGCGUGAUCACCGCGUCGCUGCGCAUCCCCGUGCCGCUCGCCGCCGCCCGCGCCCGGCAGAGGAGGAGGCGCGGCACAGGCUGGCCUCGCACCGCACCAGCAGCGGCGGGGCGACGGGCAGCGGGGGUGGUGGGGGUGGAGGGGCGGGGCGGGGUGGCGGCAGCGGGGGUCGGCAGCGGUCCGGCAGCAGUGACUCGUACCUCGGGCAGGCGAUCACCGCGGCGAUGACCUUCCAGCCGCUUAGCAAGAAGGGCGGCGACAGACUCAGCCAUGACUCUGUGCUGUCCUCCUCCUCCGCCGACGCCUUCACCCUCUCCCCCUCCCCCCGCAACACGCCCCUCUCAGACCCCUCAGCCUCAGGCGCCUCCUCGCCUCUCAGCAGGACGGGCUCGCCGCCCCCCUGGCUCAGCCCGGACUCCGGCACGCCGGGCCUCUCCCCACCCAGCUCACCCCCGGCCCACGCCCGCCGCAGACCUGACCCCCGUACCUCACCUCGCCCACUACACCCACCGCCACCACCGCCCGGGGCCCCGUCGUGCCACCCAGGGCCAGGGCGUCCCCUGCGGGGCAGCUGCAGCCCCAGGGCGCCUUCCCUCUGGGCAGAUCACGAACCGCAGAACACAUCCGUCCCGAGGCGGUGCAGGGAGAGGGCGGGCGCGGCGUGGCAGUGCGGCGCGGCGCUACACGAGGCGGCGGUACACGGGCGAGCGGCACCCCACGGGCCAGCUGCCGGACCUGAGCGGCGUGGUGGGGAGGGCACCGCGGGCGGCGCGGGCGGUGACGCGCACCACGCCACGCUGUGGAAACGCUGGGAGAUCAUCGCCUCGGACCCCACAGAGCCAGAGACAUUCGUGUGACGCGCCGCCGCCACAGCCACAGCCACAGCCAGUGCCCUGCAGCAGCGCCCCUCACCACCACUACCACCAGUGCCUCUCAACAACACCAGUGCCACACAGCACCACCAGCAGUGCCUCAGAACAACACCAGUGCCUCUAACAGUGCCUGACAACACAGCAGCAGUGCCACGGACAACACUCAGUGCCUGACACAACACUGUCUUGCAAUAACUCAACACUCAACAGUAACACAACAUGAGGGAACAGUGUGUGAGAGAGAGAGAGAGAGAGAGAGAGAGAGAGAGAGAGAGAGAGUGUGUGUGUGUGUGUGUGUGUGUGUGUGUGUGUGUGUGUGUGUGUGUGUGUGUGUGUACAGACAGCAGAGAGCUACGUACAGUACUAUACAGUUCCCCAGGGGGCGCCUCUCCCCCUCCCCCUGAUGCCUGACAGUCUUUUCUAUACAACAAUGUACAAGAAUGAUAAUGAUAAUAAUAAUAAUAAUGAUAUAUUUCAGA